AGCUCGGUGUGUCCACAAAGCAGCUCAGCUGGAACGUUGAUGUCAAAAAAAUGAAAGAUUUUUCCUUUUCACUUUUUCUGCCCAGCUAAGAUUUGGAGAGAUGAGGGAUAGACCAGAACCUCUAUUUCAUACUUAAUCCAUCUUUUCCAAGCCAGUGUAGGACUAUUCCAGGCAACAACUGCUCCACUGCCUUCAUGGGCAGUUCUGUCCUCACGUCUCCCAGCAGUGGUCUAGAAUUGCAUUUAGCACACAGCACGCUGACACAGACUUUCCCUGCAGGGUCUUUCCAGCCUCACUCACUUUGAAAAGCCCACCUCCCCCAGCAGUGCUCACCUGCCAUUACAUGAGAACGGCAGCAGCACCUUUCACUGAGCAGCAGGACAGCAUUUAAAGCCCUAUUGUGUUAUUUUACGCUCUCCAUAAAAAGCAAUAAAUCCUCUGUGAACCACUGGUCAGCCACAGAUCACACAUGAAGCAUCUUUCGUCUGUGUCCAUUAAGAGAUCACUGCACAUCAUCAUGGCUCACAGCAGAGUGUUCUGGAAUUGUCAUUUCAGCAGUGGAGAGACUUAAAGGUUAAUCUCUCCGUCUCUGAUCUCUCCACAAAGUUCUUACAUCAUUCUUCAUACAUCAUCCCAGAAUCCAACUUUGUACAUACGUUUUCAUCUUACAUAUUCCAACAUCAGCAGCUUGUAUGAAACCUGCUUAUUCAACUCAAAAUAAAAUGAAAAUAAAUUAAUGAGAGAUAAAGAGCUCUUUGAUGCAAUAACCUUUAAUGAUUUCUUCCUGGUAUAUAAUUUAGGACAGUGUUUUUCCUGGCUUAAUGUUGUAAAGUUUGCAUCAUAAACAAAAAGCUGAUGAUUCAUAAAACAUUAUUGCUAAUGUAUUUUUGAAAUAAGCAAGAGACAUGUAAAGUAUCUUCCUUGUCUACUGGGAAUCUUGAAAGGAAACUUCCCUUUGAGAAAUUAUUCUUGGCACCAAUGGCUGGAGUAGCCAGCCUUAUGGGAACAGGAACAGCGGUGACACCCACUGUGGAAGGUAUAAAUAGAGUCCUGUGGCAGCAGACAACUUGCAGUCUGAUUCAGUAUCAAGCUGUGCGUCUUGCUUUGGGCUUCUGCUUGCAUUUCCAGCCGCUGUCGCGAUGAGUUGCAACAUUAAGGAGACGAUUACUGUGUCUAGCAAAGGCAGGAGCAGUGGUGGCAGCUGUAUCAUUGGUGGUGGUGGUGGAGCACGGAUUUCUUCCUAUGCGAUAGGCAGUGGCAGAGGUUUUUCUGGAAGGAGUUACUGCGGUGGAGUGAAUUAUGGAGGGGGACUGAGUGUCGGUAGCUUGGCUGGUGGGAGCUAUGGAGGUGGCAACUGCUAUGGCAAUGGCCUUGGUUUUGGCAUCGGAGGCGGUGUGGUGGUCGGUGGCCUUGGUGGCGACUGCUUGCUUUCAUCCUGCGAUGAGAAAGUGACCAUGCAAAAUCUCAAUGACCGCCUGGCUUCCUACCUGGACAAGGUGAAGUGCUUGGAGAAGGAAAAUGCAGAGCUGGAAUGCAGAAUCCGAGAGUGGUACGCUACACAGGGCCUCUCCUGCGAGCCCCGGGACUACAGCUGCUAUUACAAAGAAAUUGAAGAUCUUCAGAAUCAGAUUGUCUGUGCGACCAUUGAUAACAACAAGAUCAUUCUGGACAUCGACAACAGCAGGAUGGCUGCUGAUGAUUUCCGUGUGAAGUACGAGACGGAGCUGGCCCUUCGUCAGAGCGUGGAGGCUGACAUCAACGGGCUGCGCCAGGUCCUGGACCAGCUGACGCUCUGCAGGUCCGACCUGGAGGCACAGCUGGAGUCGCUGCGGGAGGAGCUCUGCUGCCUGAAGAAGAACCAUGAGGAGGAAAUGAACUGUCUGAGAAAGCAAUCUACUGGAGAUGUGAGUGUGGAGGUCAACGCCUGCCCUGGGCCAGAUCUCAGGCAGAUCUUGGAGGAUUUGAGAUGUCAGUAUGAAACACUGAUAGCGCGCAACCGCAAGGAAGUUGAGGAUUGGUACGAGUGCAAGAUCGAGGAGGUGAAUCGGGAGGUUAUCACGAGCGGUCAGGAGGUGGAGACGUGCAACAAUCAGGUCACCGAGCUGAGGCGGCAGCUGCAGGCCCUGGAGAUCGACCUGCAGGCUCAGCUCAGCCAGAGGAAUAAUCUAGAAUCCUCCCUGGCUGAGACGGAGUGCCAGUAUAACACGCUGCUCGGCGAGCUACAGAACCAGAUCACGUGUGUGGAGCAGCAGUUGGCGGAAAUAAGAGCAGAAAUAGAGUGCCAGAACCAGGAGUACAAGACCUUAUUGGACGUCAAGUGCCGUUUGGAACAGGAGAUUCAGACCUACCGCUGCUUGUUGGAAGGAGGACAGCAGGACCUUAUUCACGGAGGAGGAAUCGGAGUAGGGAGCGGUGUUGGAGGAGGAGUCAUUAGGACAAGCCACACCUACACUACAACCACAGCAUCCCACUGCCAGCCACAAGUCCCGCCCUGCAAGACCGGGGACAUACAGGUGACCUGCAGGAGAAUCUGUGAUUGAGGAUAAUUGGACCAGGAGAUGACACACAGAGAAACUCACAGACAAAACAAGAACACUCCGUGUUCACUGCAUGCCUCUAUGCAGACAAAGUAGAAAUCAGCGACGCUUUGCUGUGUAUCUCACAGGGCCCCCUGUGGGUCUCCUUUUCUCAUUCUGCUGCUUCUGUAACGCUGCAAUCUCUAGAAGUUACUUCUGUUAGUCAGGAUCACUAAUGUACCUGCUGGUGAAAAAAACUUCUCUAAUAAAACUGUGCUUCUGCCUGAUGCA